AUGGCAGGCGUCCCGUCUAGCAAAGGCUGCAGGGCCUGUGUCCGACAGAAGAAAAAGUGUGAUCAGGUCAAGCCAGUUUGCGCCAGAUGCGCCAGACUCAAGAUUGCCUGUAUCGGCUCUGGCGAGCAAAAGUGGAAGUUCAAGCCAGUGUCCUUUCAACCAGUGGCUUUCCAACCGGCCGUCGUUGAGGAAAUCCCCAAGAAACCGAGAAGAUCCAUCAAAGUCUCGGUCCCACCAGUUCCGGAGAACAUCAUCACGAGCAUCGCAGGAAGGUUCAUCGCGGCUCUCGAAGUAUCAGAUAUUAGGUACAGCCUCAGCAGUUAUGGCGACUUUCUCGAGCAUAUCCCCCGGCGGCUUGGUCGGAGUGAGGCCCUCGACGCAUCAGUCAAGGCUUUGGUCAGCGCAUUUCCGUAUCACUACACACGACAUCUACCACAGGACGCUUUAGCCAACUACAUCGACGCUUUGAAGGCUUUGAGGAUAUGUCUCAACUGUCCAGACAAGAGACUGGCCCCCGAGACACUAUCCGCUAUUUACAUCAUCAUGAUUUGCCAGGGCUGGAUAGGGCGCUCUGAUGACUAUGUUAGAAGCCAUGGGGAAAUCUUGGCCCACCUGGCAAGUUCUGCCAUCGUGCAAAACUGGAAAGAUACGUUUGAGUUGCAGCUCCUCGAAACCCUGUUUGUACCGCUGAUCCUCGAGGCAAUGGUCAAUCCAGCUAUCACGAUGGAAUCCUGGUUUCUACUCGUCGACUACUGCAUACCACAAGCAUCAUUCGAGAAGGCCCACGGACUGCGAAUCCCAAGUGUGGAAGCGCAAAAGUUGAUUCGAAUGCCUGUCUUCUUCCAUAGCCCUAUGCUCUACAUCGACGAGAUAAAGUCGGCGUACCAGGAGAUGCAACAAGAUCUGCCUGGCAUCCGCCAAUACCUUGCCAACCUCGAUCGGAACGAAUCUGCGCGAGGGAAUCGGGCCAAGUUGUCCCACAAGUUUCGAGUUGUACAUGCUUUGCUUCUCACUCUGGCAAUUCCGUUAAAUAGUCUUCUACGGACACUUUACCCAAAUGAUGAAGUGUUGUUUCAAGAAGCAAUCGCAUUGACCAACGAGUUCAUCAUGUUGGCGCAACACGCUUCUCAGCACCGGCCACUUGGUGCCACCUAUAUCCCUCCCUGCCUAGCGGGCGUGUGGGCGAUAACAGAUUCUUUGCAUGUGCAGCAGGCCGAGCUACAAAGGUUGAUGGAAGAAUAUCAGCCGGAUUCACCACUUAUAAACUGGAUGGAGCAGGCAGUGUGGCUCAAGGCAUCACAUAAAACGCUACUCGACCAAGUAGCUGGGAGAGCGAGCAGUGAGGGUAGCUGGGAUGGCCAUUUAUCAAUGGUCCAUUGCAUGGCCGGCUUUGGACCGAGUGGCAGCUGUCUAUUCGCAUAA